AUCACCUGUGCGAGCUGAGAGGAAACCAGCAGCACGAUCCAAACUUCAACCUUGGAAGAAGAUGGCGCAGGAAAUGUUGUACCCAACAGAAGACAACUACAAUUAUACCGACUAUCCCGAGGACCUGAUUGGACCUUGUGCCUUCCAGAACAACCAGAGCGUUGAGCUGAUCAUCGGCCCGUACGUGCACUCCAUCAUCUGCAUCCUGGGCUUCGUGGGGAACAGCCUGGUGAUCGCCACGUACGCCUUCUACAAGCGGACCAAGUCCAUGACAGACGUGUACCUGCUGAACGUGGCCAUCGCUGACCUCCUCUUCGUGGUGUCGCUGCCUCUCAUCGUGUACAACGAGCUGUCGGCGUGGCCGAUGGGGCCGAUAGCGUGCAAGCUGCUGCGCGGCUCCUACAGCGUGAACCUGUACAGCGGCAUGCUGCUGCUCGCCUGCAUCAGCACCGACAGGUACAUCGCCAUCGUACAGGCUCGCCGCAGCUUCAGACUGCGCUCGCUGGCCUACAGCCGAGUCAUCUGCGCCAUCGUGUGGGCCUCCGCUGUACUGCUGUCCGUCCCGGACUUUUACUUCUACCACUGGUACGAGCCGAGCCACAGCGUGGAAGCGUUCAUGUACGAAGAGGAAGAAUCGCCGACUAUCUCCACGCCUCCUAGGCACGUCUGCGAGUUCAGGUUCACAGACAACACCACAGCGUUGACUACCAAGAUGGCGGUGCCCAGCACCCAGCUGGCCGUGGGUUUCAUCCUGCCCCUGCUCGUCAUGGUCUUCUGCUACACCGCCAUCAUCGUCACCCUGCUGAAAGCCAGAAACUUCCAGCGACACAAAGCGGUGCGGGUGGUGCUGGCCGUGGUGGCGGUGUUCGUCGUCUGCCACUUGCCGUACAACGUGACGUUGCUCUACGACACCGCCAACAUGUUCGAGCUGCAGUCGUGCCAAGACUCGGACAUCCUGCAAGUGGCCAAGACGGUGACGCAGACCAUCGCCUACCUGCACUGCUGCCUGAACCCGGUGCUGUAUGCCUUCGUCGGCGUGAAGUUCAGGAACCACUUCAGGAGGAUCGUCCAGGAUCUGUGGUGUCUGGGGAAGAGAUACAUCGCCCCUCGACGGUUCUCCAGGGUAACCUCCGAGAUCUACGUGUCCACCCGCCGCUCAGUGGACGGAUCCAGCGAAAACGGCUCGUCUUUUACCAUGUGAGGAUGCCCGGCGGGUUCAUGUGUGGACCAGUAA